AUGCCGCGGCUCGGCGGGGGCUGGCCGGCCGCCCCGCGCCUCUCCCCGGCCUCCGCCGCCGUCCUGCUGGGCGUCCUGUGCCUGCCCGGGGCGCCGGCCUCCUCCCUGCUCACAGGAUCGGUUGCAAAAUGUGAAAAUGAAGGGGAAAUUCUGCAGAUACCUUUUAUCACAGACAACCCUUGUAUAGUGUGUAUUUGCCUGAAUAAGGAAGUGACGUGCAAAAGGGAGAAGUGUCCAGUGCUCUCCAAGGACUGUGCUCUCGUCAUUAAGCAGAGAGGAGCUUGCUGUGAGCGUUGCAAAGAUUGCAGUUUUGGAGGAAAUACGUACAACAGUUCCAUGAAAUGGCAUCUCCCCAGCAAUCCCUGUGUUACAUACCAGUGCCAGGAAGGAGUGAUAGUAGAAUCAGAAGUACAGUGUGUUGUUCAUUGCAAAAACCCUUCCAAACUCAGGGGAAUGUGUUGUCCUGUGUGUCCAGGUUGUGUAUUUGAAGGGAGACUUUACAAUGAAGGAGAAGAAUUUAGGCCUGAAGGAAAUAAAUGUACCAAGUGUUCUUGUAUUGGUGGAAGGACACAGUGUAUCCAAGAAGUCUGCCCCAUUCUCUCAUGCCCCCAGCACCUCAGUCAUAUUCCUGCUGGACAGUGUUGUCCCAAAUGCUUAGGACAGAGGAAAGUGUUUGACCUCCCAUUUGGAAGCUGCCUCUUUCACAGCAAUGUGUAUGAUAAUGGUUCCUCAUUUAUGUACGACAACUGCACAGUGUGUACAUGCAAGGAUUCAACAGUGAUAUGUAAGAAGAGGUGCUUACUUCCUGGUGAAUGCAAUAAAAACAAAGACCACUGCUGCAAGGAAUGUGUCUCUUACAUCUCUCCUGAGGAGGUUAAAGUGUGUAAGUUUGGCAAUAAGAUCUUCCAGGAUGGAGAGAUGUGGUCCUCUGUGAACUGCACCAUCUGUGCCUGUGUGAAAGGCAAGACAGAGUGUCGCAAGAAGCAGUGCAUUCCUGUCAGCAGCUGUCCUCAUGGUAAAAUCCUGAACAGAAAAGGAUGCUGUCCGAUUUGCACUGAAAAGCCUGGAGUUUGCACUGUAUUUGGAGAUCCUCACUACAACACUUUUGAUGGACGGACAUUUAACUUUCAGGGAACAUGUCAGUACGUUUUGACAAAAGACUGCUCCUCCUCUGCCUCGCCCUUUCAGGUGCUGGUAAAAAACGAUGCCCGUCGGACCCGCUCUUUCUCCUGGACAAAGUCAGUGGACCUUGUGUUGGGCAGAAGCACAAUCAGUCUCCAGCAGCACCUCACAGUGAAGUGGAAUGGGACCCGAAUUUCACUACCUUGCGAGACACCGCAAUUUCAGAUCGAUUUGGAUGGUUAUUUGCUGAAAGUGACAACCAAAGCAGGCUUGGAAAUCUCAUGGGAUGGAGACAGUUUUGUGGAAGUCAUGGCUGCACCUCAUCUGAAAGGCAGACUCUGUGGCCUGUGUGGCAAUUACAAUGGGCACAAACGAGAUGACCUGAUUGGAGGGGAUGGGAAUUUUAAGUUUGAUGUGGACGAUUUUGCUGAAUCCUGGCGUGUGGAGUCCAAUGAGUUCUGCAGCCGCCCGCAGAGAAAACCUGUACCCGAGCUCUGUCAUGGGACAGUCAGGGUGAAACUCCGAGCUCACCGGGAAUGCCAGAAACUCAAAGCAUGGGAGUUUCAAAGCUGUCAUUCAACCGUGGAUUAUACCACGUUUUACCGGUAA